CACACACACACACACACACACACACACACACACACACACACACACACACACACACACAGAAAGGAGGAGGAAAAGACGCAAUGAAACUCGUACUAUGGAGGAAAAAAAUCGAAAAUAUAAAAAUACGAAGGAAGAAUAUCGUCGCUUCUUUUCCUGGCAACAAAUUACGAGAUACAACUUUUAGUAUCUUUUAUUUCGACGAGAGAGAGAGAGAGAGAGAGAGAGAGAGAGAGAGAGAGAGAGAGAGAGAGAAAUAGCAACAGGAACAUUCAGCACAAAAUACAAUAUACACCUGCCUUUCCUCCUUCACACCUGCAGGAUAGACUAGUGCUGAGGUGAUGCCAAUUAAGAAACACUACUGAGACUUAGACAAGUGCCAAAAAAGCUACAGGGCACCCUCGGAUACAUCCACGGACCCUGACACUGCAAUGGCGGCUCUGUCUAAGCGAGGCCGCCGGAUGGUGUUCGUGGUCUUUCUCAACCUGGUCUAUUUCAUCAUGGUGCUUCUGAUUGCAAAGUCCCGGAGCAACCAGUGGGACCUUGGCCUUCAGAAAUCACUCUGCAACAGAGCUACGCCCUUAGAUAAGACAGGUGUCAAGGCGUGUGAUGAUUCCAAGACCUCCACUGAUGAGGUUAGCGUAUCAGCACCAGUAACCGUGAACAAGACAAAGGCAGUGGAAAGUGAGGUGGGGCAAGUGGAGGAGGAUGUGGAAAAGGUGUCCAAUGUGUCAGUUUCCACCGCCUCCACAUCUGACAUCCCCACAGUCGCUCCAGUGACGCAGGAGAUGCUGUUAAAGGCAGGACAGGGGCAGGAAGAAACGGAGAAUAGAAAGGAGGGAACAGGAGGACAGGUGGAGGACAGAGGCGAAAGGCAGAAGAGGGACAUAUCCUCGCUUAUAUCCACAUCCAAGCCGCAGGAUACCCACACACACCAAGACGUCACAGUCUCAGAAACUACUGAUUCUCAUACUUUCCAUUCUUCAAUCGUGCAUGACAUAGCGACUCCCUACCUGCACACCACACCCGCAUCACCCAAGUCUCCACCACCAACACCCUUCACGCCACCAACAUCCACGUCUUUAUCCUCAACACGCACCUCCGCGCCUCUGUCCGCCACGCCUCUAUCACCCAUCUCCCCACCCCCAACACUCCCAAUACCGUCCCUCCUGUCAGACAGCAAGACAGGUUCCGUUCCCCAGACCAAGGCAGAGAUAAGGACUCGUCGAGAUACUGGAAUCCCGAAUAAAAACCUAGAAUCUAUGCGCAUCCCUGACGAUCCUUCAAGGUCCACCCCUUCAGAAGUCUCGACCCCCAACAUGAUUGACACUUCCAAUAGCCACGCCUACGGCCGCGCCCAGCCAUCCUCAGGCCAGGGACACCUCCACCUGGACAUCACUAUCAAUGUCACGGGUGUUACGCUGGCGGUGGACGGCGUUCAGGUGUACCAGGACCUGAAUCGCACCAUGCAGUGGGGCAAGAGGCAUGCACGCCUUCACGCCGGCCUACACCUGCUGUCCCUACACCCGACCACGGGCCACGUGGCGGCAGCAAACUCCUUCAUCACGUGGCAGGCAACGAGCGACGCAAUGUUUCUGAAGGCACUGCGGGACUCCCAGGACGGCCGCCUGUUGCUGGUGGCGGGCGCGCCUGACUUCACCACCUUCCUGGGGAACAAGGUAACGGAGGCCCUGCAGGAUAUGGGUUCAAUGUUCGCCGACCGCCUCGCCUACAGGGACGCCUGGUGUCUGCUGUUGCACAAGGGACGAGGUGUGCUUCACGAGGUCCUGGUCACUUCCCGGCCAGGCCACAACUACACAGCCCACCACGUGUCGCCGCUCACCACUCGUGUCACGGUGCCCCGCGUGCCAGCAUUGUUGUCUCCUGCAGAGAGAAAAUGCGUGUGGCACGCGGCGCCUGGCAUGGAGGAUCACGCCGCCUUCUGCCGCACCUACGACGGAUACGGCGCCUUCUGCAGCUGCCACGAGCCGCCCUGGUCGCCGCGCCCCGCCUCGCCUGUGCCCUACGCCGUGCGGGAAGUGAUCCCUGUGGCGGUGGUGACUGCACGGCGCCUGUCCCGCGUGGUGCGGCAGCUGGGCCAGCUGUGGGCGAGCCCCGGGGGUCUCGACACGCCCGUGAUGAUCUUCGUUGACGGUCACAGCCCCGAGGCGCGCAGUCUGGCGGCCCUGCUCAGGGUGCCCCUCGUGGAGCACCAAAACCUCGCCACGCCAGGGUCCCCGGUACGCAUCAACGAGCACAUCCGACACGUGGUGACUCAGGCCUUCAGGCGCCACCCCAAGGCAGACAAGAUCAUCGUACUCGAGGACGACCUUGACCUGGCACCAGACUUCAUACCCUUCUUCCAGCAGACUGCCUCACUCCUGGAAGAAGAUUCUAGGCUCUUCUGUGUCAAUGCCUACAAUUAUAACGCCUACAAUCACACUGCGCACGACCCCGCCCGCUUAUAUAGAGUACACGGCCUACCCGCCUACGGCUGGAUGGUGCGGCGCCGCGUGGCCGAGGAGAUGGUGCUCCAGUGGGCACCCCCGAAGGAGGGUCUGGACUGGGACAUGUGGGUGCACAAAGUGGUGAUGGGCAGCAGGGACGUGCUAGUGCCCGAGGUGCCGCGCACUAAGCACGUGGGAGGCGGCGGAGCGCACGUCACGGGCUUCGAGCAGGCACUCUACCACGGGCGGCGGCCCCUCAACACGCUACAGAAUGUGACUCUCGAUCUGCAGAGGGUGCGGCUUCUGCCUUACAUUAAGACUCACCACAACGCCAUCGCCGGAGCGCGGGUGGUCAGGCUCACGGACCACCCCUGCAAGGUGCUGCCGCUGCCCACACGCCAGGUGAACCAGACCUUCGUCAUAUACAUUGACGUGUCGAAAAAUUACACUUCGGACGCCUACUUCGUGGUGGCGCGGUGUCUUGGCCUCAAUGACCGCAACGCACACGAGAACCUGCAGGCUAUGUACACGUUCCCCUUCUUCGGCAACCAGCUGUACAUCGUGGGCUGCCCUUUGUCUCCAUUCUGCCUGACGAGCGACGAGGGAGACGUGUACAAGGCCACGCCCAAGGACCGUAAGUACGCCGAGCAUCACCCCUUCAGACGCGCCAACCUCGCUGUACACAUCUCCAUUCGCGUGCCGCCCCUCGACCUGAAUGACCUGGUGACCCUGACCAACCUGGUGGACUACAGAGUCACCUACUGAGAGAGAGAGAGAGAGAGAGAGAGAGAGAGAGAGAGAGAGAGAGAGAGAGAGAGAGAGAGAGAGAGAGAGAGAGAGAGAGAGAGAGAGAGAGAGAGAGAGAGAGAGAGAGAGAGAGAGAGAGAAAGGUGGACUAUUAACUCUCUUCUCUAAAUUAUCUUUGAGCAAAACUACAAAACAGUUAUGAAAGGAGUUAAUAAUAUCGAAUAAACAAAAGUAAGAAUAAUACAUCCGUCAUUUUCUUCCAAUUAGAUUAUUCCUUACACCAUAAACCCUCAAAUCUCCCUUUCUCUCCCUUUAUUAAGACUCUACAUGGAGAAAAGAACACAAAACACUAAAACCACAUCGGGAUGUUUCAAAUCUACCAUGUGUCGAAGAAAUUUUAUAGUCACUCAUCACAUUAAUUCUCUCUUAAAUGUUUGCAAAGAAAACGAUUCACUUGAAGGAGAGACUUGAAUUUAAUGAAGCUUUGCGGAGAAGAGAGGGACUAGGGAGAAAGAAAUAUAAUGACUGUGUUUGUAGUGUUCUUACAUUUUAUUUAAUUGAAUGUCUUUAGGUCGGUUUAAACAUGUUCUUAUAGGCUUAGGUAGGUAUAAAAACAACUUUUGAUACUGAAAAUUCGUGUACUUCAAUGAGAGAGAGAGAGAGAGAGAGAGAGAGAGAGAGAGAGAGAGAGAGAGACUUUUAUUGCUGUUUGCUAUUCUUGUAGAAAUAUUGAUACUAGAUAAGUGACCUUGAGAUUAGUAAGGUCAGAAAAAGGUCAGAAAAUCAUAAUCUCCCCACCCUCCACCAUCUCUCUCUCUCUCUCUCUCUCUCUCUCUCUCUCUCUCUCUCUCUCUCUCUCUCUCUCUUCCCAGUAGGAUGUUUAAUAUUUAUGAGAUUAUUAAUUCUAUUUUCUUCUUUUUCCUUAAUAUAAGCAGGACUAGAAGGAAAGAAUUCAUUAUUUAAUCCUCGUGAAAGAAAGAGAUUGUAAGAAAAUAGUGAACUCCAUAAUUGUUAAAGUUCUUGCGACGAAAAAUGUUCUUGUCAGUUUGUAGGAAAAAUUGUUUACAGAGAUAUACAAAGUUGGUGGUUUUUUUCACAACAUAAAAGUAGAAAUUAAACUUAUACUGACAUUGAAAGAGAAAUAAGUGAGUGAAUGAGAGAACAGGUGAAUAAUUGAAUGAAAAAAAAAUAAGAGGGAUGAGAAAGAAAUACA